UCCUUCGCCCGUGACGUAAGAUCACGUGACUGGACGGGCCGCCUCGGCCGCCGCCGCCGCUUUGUAAGAGGCACAUUGGCAGGUAACGAGCGGCAGCGGUGGCGGCGGCGGCGGCGGCGGGUCCCGAGUGCAGCGAGAACAGCCUUGAUUUUCUAUAUUGUACAUACGUUAUUUUGUAUAUACUGUGUAUGAUGACUUCGGUGAGCAAUGACCGUUCCCGAGGUGCUCGGGAAAAAACACAGAUUUCAGCAACACAGGCAACACAACUACAGAAACAAGUAGUACAGGCAACAGCUGAACAGAUGCGCCUUGCUCAAGUGAUCUUUGAUAAAAAUGAUUCAGAAUUUGAAGCUAAAGUUAAACAGCUUAUGGAAGUGACAGGAAAAAAUCAGGAUGAGUGUAUAGUGGCCCUACACGACUGUAACGGAGAUGUGAACAAGGCUAUCAACACAUUGCUAGAAGGGAAUUCAGACACGACUUCAUGGGAGACUGUAGGGGGGAAGAAGAAGAAUUUUGGAAAAGAAAGUUCAGAAAACAAAGAGAAUAGAGAGAAGAGGAGCGAGAGAGAAGCGAGUCGUGGGCGUGGAAACAACAACCGAAAAGGAAGAGGUGGCAACCGUGGGAGAGAAUUUAGAGGCGAAGAGAAUGGAAUUGAUUGCAGUCAAGGAGACAAGCCUUCAGACCGUGGCAAGCGAGCCCGUAGUAGAGGAUUUGGACGUGGCAGAGGGAGAGGGGCAGGAAGAUUCUCAACCCAAGGCCUGGGGACAUAUAAUCCUGCAGAUUGUUCAGAUUCUCCAUCUGUAGAUGGGUGUGGGACAAAGCCAGUAGUUUGGGAAGCUGCUCAGAAUGGUGCAGAUGAGGGAAGUGGGGCCUGGAAGAAUUCUGUGGAAGAGUGGACAACAGAAGAUUGGACUGAAGAUCUUUCUGAAACAAAAGUAUUUACUGCCUCAUCUGUUCCACCAGAGAAUCAUGUCACACCUGGACAAAGCAUUGAUCUGGUAGCCUUGCUCCAGAAGCCCGUUCCUUCCAAUCAAGUCUCAGAAGUCAGCUCCUUUGAAACCUCCCAACAGCAGGGCUUCGGCCAGGCCCUUGUCUUCACAAAUUCUCAGCACAACAAUCAGAUGGCACCAGGGACUGGCAGUUCCACUGCUGUCAACUCCUAUUCUCCUCAGAGUCUGUCAUCCGUCCUGGGCUCAGGAUUUGGAGAGCUUACAUCUUCAAAACUGGCAAACGUCACCAGCUCCCAGAUUUUGGACCAAUUGAAACCUCCAAGUUUGGGCCAGUUUACCACCACCCAAAGUUCACAGCAGAACAGUACGAGCCCCCCCACAACCACUUCUUCUUGGGACCUCAAGCCCUCAGCUACCCAGUCCUCAGUUCUUAGCCAUUUUGACUUUAAAUCUCAGCCUGAACCAUCCCCAGUUCUUAGCCAGUUGAGCCAGCGACAGCAGCACCAGACUCAGACAGUCACUGGUCCUCCUCCUGGGUUGGAGUCCUUCCCUCCCCAGGUAAAACUCCGAGAGUCAGCACCCAGAGACAGCACCUCCACUGUGAACAAACUCUUGCAGCUUCCCAGCCUGACUGUUGAAAACAUUGCUGUGUCUGCCCACCAAUCUCAGCCUAAACACAUCAAACUCACUAAGCGGCGGAUACCUCCAGCUUCUAAGACCCCAGCAUCUGCGGUGGAAAUGCCUGGCUCAGCAGAUGUCACAGGAUUGAAUGUUCAGUUUGGCGCCUUGGAAUUCGGAUCAGAGUCUUCUCUCUCUGAAUUUGGAUCAGCUGCAAGCAGUGAAAACAGUAACCAGAUUCCCAUCAGCUUAUAUUCGAAGUCUUUAAGUGAUUCUUUGAAUACUUCUCUACCAAUGACCAGUGCAGUACAGAACUCUACCUAUACAACUUCAGUCAUUACCUCCUCCAGUCUGACCAGCUCAUCCCUGAGCUCCACUAGUCCAGUAACAACGUCUUCCUCCUAUGACCCGAGUUCUGUGCAUAACAGGGUUGCAUACCAAAGCUCUGUGAGUUCAUCGGAGUCAGCUCCAGGAACUAUCACAAAUGGACAUGGUGGUGGUCGAAGUCAGCAGACGAUAGACACUGCUUCAUCCGUUCCAGCUCCAAAGACAACAGACCCUCCUUCCGCCCUCCCAUCUGUGGGCUCCCUGCCCAGCACCACCUCCUGCAAUACGCUUCUACCCUCUGCACCUCAGCACACUGCCACUUUGCCCUCCUUGUCCCAGCCUGGUGACCUGUCCAGCAGCCCCCUCUCCCAGCUUAGCAGUUCACUCCCCAGCCAUCAGAGCAGCCUCUCCUCUGCACACGCAGCACUCUCCUCAAGCACGUCCCACACACACGCCAGUGUGGAGAGCACGCCUCCCCUCCAGUCCUCAGCCACCUUCUCAACAGCAGCGACCUCCACCUCGAGUGCCGCGUCCUCAGGGCUCAGCAGCGUGAACCCGGGGAAUAGCCUCUGCCUGGGCGGGGCCACCUCGAGCACCCCCAGCGGUUCCAGAGCCACGCCCUUGGUGACCUCAGGCAAAGCGCCCCCCAACCUGCCCCAGGGGUUGCCUCCCCUGCUGCACAACCAGUACCUCGUGGGCCCUGGAGGACUGCUUCCUGCCUACCCGAUCUAUGGCUAUGACGAGCUCCAGAUGCUGCAGUCGAGGCUGCCAGUGGAUUACUACGGAAUUCCCUUUGCUACGCCCACAGCCCUUGCCAGCCGAGAUGGGAGCCUCACUAAUAACCCAUAUUCAGGUGAUGUCACAAAGUUUGGCCGAGGUGACUCUGCAUCCCCUGCGCCCCCUACCACACUGGCUCAGGCACAGCAGAGCCAAUCCCAGGCCCACCACACCCCCCAACAGCCCUUUCUGAAUCCUGCACUGCCACAUGGCUACAGCUACACUGGCCUCCCCUACUAUACAGGCGUGCCCAGUGCCUUCCAGUAUGGGCCCACCAUGUUUGUCCCUCCAGCCUCAGCCAAGCAGCAUGGUAUGAACCUCAGCACCCCCACCACCCCUUUCCAGCAGGCCGGUGGUUAUGGCCAGCACAGCUACAGCACAGGUUAUGAUGACCUGACCCAGGGGACAGCAGCGGGAGACUACACCAAGGGUGGCUAUGGUGGAUCAUCACAGGCACAAAACAAGUCUGCAGGUUCUGGGCCUGGCAAAGGAGUGUCCGUGUCUUCAAGCACCACUGGCCUACCUGAUAUGACUGGUUCUGUCUACAAGACGACUCAGACUUUUGACAAGCAGGGAUUUCAUGCAGGGACCCCUCCACCAUUCAGCCUGCCCUCAGCCUUGGGUUCCACUGGGCCUCUGGCCCCUGGAGCAGCUCCUGGUUAUGCACCCCCACCAUUCUUGCACAUCCUGCCUGCCCACCAGCAGCCUCACUCACAGCUGUUACACCACCACCUUCCCCAGGAUGCCCAGAGUGGCUCGGGUCAGCGCAGCCAGCCCAGCUCCCUGCAGCCCAAGUCGCAAGCCUCCAAGCCUGCCUACGGCAGCUCUCCAUACUGGACAAACUGAACCCUGAAGAGUGGGUGGGCUGGGGGAGGGCUUGCCCUGGGCGGGAGAGAACACAUGGAGCCCAUUUCUGGGAGCCCAGCACCCUUUCCUAGAAUUCCUGAGACGUGUAACUGUGUCAGCCGAGCCUCUGUGGGGAGCCUCCCUCCCAGACUCGCUUGUAUGUAAUGUAUUUAUGUAUGUAUUUGUAAAUGUGACAGAAACCUUGGGGGAGUGGGAGGGUUGCAGGUGCUGCUCCCCACUGAAGCCCCUUUUCACUGUAGCAAAAUAAGCCCCCUCCCCCCUUCUGCCUUCAAGCCUUCCACAUAGCCCCUCUGCCAGGAGGCUGCUAGGGGCGGUGUCUGGAGGGGCUGGAUUAAGGUGGUUGGGUAAUGGGGUCAGGUACCAAUGAAGAAUCACGACUUAACUCGUGCCCUUGUAAACCAUUAUUUGAGUUUUUUCCCCCGUGUAAUUAUUUUAUCCCUCUUACGGAGAAACUGGUCCUUUUGUCAUCCGUCACGUUUCCCUCCUGCCAAAUCUUGAUCUGGGAACAGCAGGCACAUCCCCCUGCUCAACAUCGAAGUGGCACACAGAGCAGGGGCAUCUGCUUCUGGUCUAGUCUUGUCCCCAAAGACUUGCCUUCCUCUGGCUGACCAUUUUAUAAUAAUAAUCUGAUUUUGUGCUCAGAGAUGUUCAGCCAGUCAGCUCCCCUUUUAAAAAAAUCAAAGAUAUGCUCCAUGAGAGCACGUCUCCAUGCAAAGGCUCCUCUAAUUCCAGUUGUCCUGAACCAGGUGGACAACUGCUUCAGGGGUUUUCUCUUUUGCCCAAAGUCCACCUAAUAAAGUUCUGAGAG